AUGGCCAGCGAACAGAACAUUCAGACAUUCCGUGACUUCCUCACUCAAUACAACUUGGUCGCUGAGCAAUGUUUUACAUCGUGUGUCAACGAAUUCGGCAGUAGGACGGUCAACGCUAAAGAGGAGUCGUGCGCUAACAAUUGUCUCGACAAAUUUCUCAAGAUGACACAACGGGUCUCUCAACGGUUCCAAGAACAUCAAAUACUGAACGCCCAAGCCAACGGAGCUGCCAUGUGA